AUGAGUUAUCAACAACAAUCCACUUAUGAUCCUCCAAUGAUACCUGAUAGCCAAAUGUAUCCUCCACCUCAACAACCAGGAAUGUAUCCUCCUCCUGUUCAACCCGGAAUGUAUCCUCCACCUCAACAACCAGGAAUGUACCCUCCUCCUGUUCAACCAGUGUACCAAGCCCCUAUAGAAGAACCUAAAAAGAAGAAGUCAUCAUCCUCUUCUUCUUCAUCAAGUGAUGAAAAAGAAAAACGUCAAUUUGAGCGUUCAAAUUUCUUAUUUGUCUUAGGUAUAUUCUUUCCAUUAUUACAAUGGAUAAAUUGGAUGUGUAUUUUUAGAAAACCAAGAAGUGAUAGAGUUAGAGCUAAAAGAACUAUUAUGAUCAUUUUCUCUUUUGUAGAGACUCUUAUGUGUACAGGACCAUUAAUUUUUAUUAUUUUUGUAGUAGUGAUGGUAACUACUAUGAAUGCAACGUCAGAUAUUUAAUACAUUAUCAGUUUAUAAAAUAAAUGAAUGCUUUUCUUUAUUUUAAUGAAAUUUUAUAUUUUAAUUUACUUAUUGGAAUGUUUGAUAUAUAAUAAAUCAUUCAUUCGUUAUUUUUUGAUAAAUAAUUUAAUUUAAUUUAAUUUUCAUUU